AUGGUUGCUAGAUUGUUUUCCGUCACCAAGAGAGCUACUUUGAAGGCCGCCAGAGCUAAUUUAGCCCUUCAAAGAAGCUUGGCAACUGCCGGCCCAGCUUCUGGUAAGAUCAGAGCUGUUAUCGGUGCCGUUGUCGACGUCCAGUUCGAGCAAGGCGAAUUGCCUGCUAUCUUGAAUGCAUUGACCAUUGACCAAGGUAACAACCAAAAAUUGGUUCUGGAGGUUGCCCAGCACUUGGGUGAGAAUGCCGUCAGAGCUAUUGCUAUGGAUGGUACCGAAGGUCUCGUGAGAGGUCAAACCGUUGUUGACACUGGUGCUCCAAUCUCUGUCCCAGUCGGAAGAGGUACUUUGGGUAGAAUUAUCAACGUCGUUGGUGAGCCAAUUGAUGAGAGAGGUCCAAUUGAAUGCAAGCAAAGAAACCCAAUUCACACUGACCCACCUUCCUUUGUGGAGCAGUCUACCGAGGCUGAGGUUUUGGAGACCGGUAUCAAGGUUGUCGACUUGCUUGCCCCAUACGCCAGAGGUGGUAAGAUUGGAUUGUUCGGUGGUGCCGGUGUCGGUAAAACCGUCUUCAUUCAAGAGCUGAUUAACAACAUUGCCAAGGCUCACGGUGGUUUCUCUGUUUUCACCGGUGUUGGUGAGAGAACCAGAGAAGGUAACGAUUUGUACCGUGAAAUGAAGGAGACUGGUGUCAUCAACUUGGAGGGUGAUUCCAAGGUCGCCUUGGUCUUCGGUCAAAUGAACGAGCCACCUGGAGCUAGAGCUAGAGUUGCUUUGACUGGUUUGACUAUCGCUGAGUACUUCAGAGAUGAGGAAGGUCAAGAUGUGUUAUUGUUCGUUGACAACAUUUUCAGAUUCACUCAAGCUGGUUCUGAAGUGUCUGCUUUGUUGGGUCGUAUUCCAUCUGCCGUCGGUUAUCAACCAACCUUGGCUACUGAUAUGGGUUUGCUGCAGGAGAGAAUUACCACCACUAGAAAGGGUUCCGUUACUUCCGUCCAAGCCGUUUACGUGCCAGCUGAUGACUUGACUGAUCCUGCUCCUGCCACCACUUUCGCUCACUUGGAUGCUACCACUGUGUUGUCCAGAGGUAUUUCUGAGUUGGGUAUCUACCCAGCUGUCGACCCAUUGGACUCCAAGUCUAGAUUGCUCGAUGUUUCCGUGGUCGGUCAAGAGCACUAUGACGUUGCCACUGGUGUCCAACAAACCUUGCAAGCUUACAAGUCUCUCCAAGAUAUCAUUGCUAUUUUGGGUAUGGACGAAUUGUCUGAGCAAGAUAAGUUGACUGUCGAGAGAGCCAGAAAGAUUCAAAGAUUCCUGUCUCAACCAUUUGCCGUCGCCGAGGUCUUCACUGGUAUUGAGGGUAAGCUGGUUAGAUUGAAGGACACCAUCGCUUCUUUCAAGGCUGUCUUGGAAGGUAAGUACGACCACUUGCCUGAAAACGCAUUCUACAUGGUUGGUGGCAUUGAGGAUGUCGUUGCCAAGGCCGAGAAGAUUGCUGCUGAAGCCAACUAG